UCUUCAAUGAUUGGUUGGUGGCCUGACAUAUAUAUGACGUCACAUCCCAUUUACGUUCUCUUUUUCCCGUGCAGUCCAAUACUCCAUACGGCGUUGUCUCGUGUUUCCCUGUAACUCGUAACUCAAGGGAAAGUGUUCACGAUGUCCGGAGGUCUGGAUGUCCUUCAAAUGAAGGAGGAGGAUGUGCUGAAGUUCCUGGCUGCAGGAACCCAUCUGGGAGGUACCAACCUCGACUUCCAGAUGGAGCAGUACGUCUACAAAAGGAAAAGCGAUGGUGUGUACAUUGUCAACCUUAAGAAGACCUGGGAGAAGCUUCUGCUCGCUGCCCGUGCCAUUGUUGCCAUUGAGAACCCAGCUGAUGUGUGCGUCAUCUCCUCCAGGAAUACAGGACAGAGAGCCGUGUUGAAGUUCGCUUCAGGCACUGGCGCGACCACCUUUGCCGGCCGCUUCACCCCUGGUACCUUCACCAAUCAGAUUCAGGCUGCCUUCAGGGAGCCCCGCCUUCUGAUCGUCACCGACCCCCGUGCUGACCAUCAGCCCCUGACUGAGGCGUCCUACGUCAACAUCCCCACCAUUGCCCUGUGCAACACCGACGCACCCCUCAGAUAUGUGGAUAUCGCCAUUCCAUGCAACAACAAGGGCCACCACUCUGUGGGUCUGAUGUGGUGGAUGCUGGCCAGGGAGGUGCUCAGGAUGAGGGGUACCAUCUCCAGGGAGCACCCAUGGGAGGUCAUGCCUGAUCUGUACUUCUACAGAGAUCCUGAAGAGAUUGAGAAGGAGGAACAGGCUGCGGCUGAGAAGGCUGUGGGCAAGGAGGAGUUCCAGGGCGAAUGGACCGCUCCCGUUGCUGACUUCGCUCAGCCCGAGGUGGCCGACUGGUCCGAGGGCGUCCAGGUGCCCUCCGUUCCCAUUCAGCAGUUCCCUGCUGGCCUUGAGACUACUGCUGCUUCAGUCGCUGCCAAGGCUGCCCCUGCCGCGGAGGUUUACGCAGAGGACUGGAGUGCCCAGACAGCCACUGAGGAUUGGUCAGCUGCCCCCACAGCUCAGGCUGGUGACUGGGGCGGUGCCACCGCUGAUUGGUCAUAAAUGGCAUCAAUCCCACGGUCUUGUGCUUUUGGUUGUGAUCAAUAAACUCGACUGGUUUAAUA